AUGAGCACCUCCACUCAUCUAUUCGAACGGAGACCAAAAUCAGUUGCUCAGGGUGACGAUGAUAGGAGCUAUCGACUUAUGAUUCCUUCUAUCGUAGCAUGUCUUAUUGCAACCACUGUAUUGCUACUACGUCUUUAUUGCAGAAGAUCAAUAAAACAAUCUCUAUGGUGGGACGAUUAUCUGAUCUUCAUCGCAUACGUUGGUUUCACCUCUAUCUUCUUGAUGCAAAUUUGUACUUGCUAACUGAAGCUUACAGUUCCUUGCCUUCACAUGUCUUAGCUUUAUUAUAUAUUGUAUUUACUCCUCCCAUCUACAGUACUUGGCAUGACGUUUCCUAACAAAUCCCAAGGGACAAGUCUGGGAUUGGGCAAACACGUUGCAGUUGUCCAAACGGAAUCUCCUAAUACAGUCACAACCAUAUUCCACACCCUAGUCCCAGCUGAAUUCUCCUAUGUCACGUCUAUCCUCUUCACGAAGCACUCCAUCCUGGCGUUCUACUGGCGAAUGUUCAGUGUACGAAGCAUGACGAUAGCAGUGCGAAUUAUGUUGGCAAUAACUACACUGUGGCUUAUUGGAAGCGUAAGUCUCAAAUACAACUCUUCCAUCACCUCAGUAACUGCUAAUACGUUUCAAAAAAAGGGGACUGCAGCUUUACUCUCCUGUGUCCCGCUUCAAAAGUUGUGGAACCCUGCAGUUCCUGGGACUUGUAUCAAAUCGCGCACCCUAUACAUUGGAGCUGCAAUACCAAACGUUAUCACGGAUUUUGUAAUACUAAUUAUACCUUUACCAUAUGUUUGGCAUUAA